AUGGACUCCAUCAAUGUCUUUGCGAAACGCGAUGAGCCCGAGACGCCCAAUGAUGCCUCCAACUCGCUCUCGGGGCUGGUCUCGACGCUUGUUCCGACCCUGAUCAUCUCAGGCGUCAUGGUCCUGCUCUUCAUCAUCUUGCGCCGUAGCCAGCGUCGCCAGUACAUACCCAGGACAUACAUUGGCUCUCUGCGCCAACACGAACGCACUCCGGAGCCAGCACCAGGACUGUUCGGCUGGAUAAAGUCGAUGUCACGGCUGCCGGACACCUAUGUCUUGAAGCAUCAGUCUCUCGACGCUUACUUGCUUCUGCGCUACCUCAAGAUCGCAACCGCCAUCUGCUUCGUGGGAUGUCUCAUUACCUGGCCUGUGCUGUUCCCAGUCAACAUUACCGGUCACCGAGGUCUGAAGCAACUCGACAUGCUCACCAUUGGCAACAUUGAGCCCAAGAUUCCGGGUAACCUGAACAGAUAUUACGCUCAUUGCUUCGUUGGAUGGGCCUUCGUCAUGUUCGUGUUCUACAUGGUCACCCGUGAGCUGCUGUACUUUAUCAAUUUGCGCCAGGCAUACUUCCUGUCUCCACUGUACGCAAAUCGCAUCUCCUCCAAGACCGUGCUCUUCACCUCUGUGCCUCAAGAGUACUGUGACGAGGCCAAGAUCCGCGCCAUGUACGGAAACGACAAGGUCAAGCACGUCUGGCUCGUCACCGAUGUCAAGGAGCUCGAGAAACUCGUUGGCGAGCGUGACAAGGUUGCCUUCAAUCUCGAAGCCGCCGAGACUAAGCUUAUCAAGAUGGCCAGCGUUGCCCGCGGCAAGGCUCUCCAGAAGGGAGGCAAUGUAGAGGAGGACCCCGCCGCUGCUCCCCAGAAUGUUGCUGACGGCGAAUCUGGUUCCGUUGCCGCUCGAUGGGUUCAGGCUUCCAAGAGACCUACUCACAAACUCAAGCCUAUCAUCGGCAAGAAGGUCGACACCAUCAACUGGUCACGUGAAGAGAUUGCACGCCUGACUCCUCUGAUCGAUGAAAUGCAGAACCGCCAUCUCAGCGGUAAUGCGACUCGCAUCUCCUCUGUCUUUGUUGAAUUCUACACCCAGAACGAAGCCCAGGCCGCUUACCAGAUGUUGGCGCACAACCAGCCACUACACAUGGCUCCUCGCUACAUCGGCCUCAACCCAGGUGACAUUAUCUGGUCUAACCUGCGCAUCAAAUGGUGGGAGCUCAUCAUCCGCAACGCCGUCACCAUCAGUGCCGUUGUCGCGCUUAUUGUCUUUUGGGCAAUCCCCGUUGCCGUUGUCGGUUCCAUUUCCAACAUCAACUUCCUCAUGGAGAAGGUUCCAUUCCUGAGGUUCAUUGGCCGUAUCCCACCUGUCAUUCUUGGUGUUGUCACCGCGCUGCUCCCUACUAUCUUGCUUGCUGUUCUUAUGGCCCUGUUGCCAAUCAUUCUUAGACUGCUUGCGAAACUUGGAGGAUGUCCUACCAAGGCCGCUGUUGAACUGCGCACUCAGAACUUCUACUUUGGCUUCCAAGUCGUCCAGGUCUUCCUGGUCGUCACUCUCUCGUCCGCUGCGUCCAGUGCCGUCAGCCAGAUUAUUAAGGAACCUACCUCAGCCGCCAGCCUGCUCGCCAAGAAUAUCCCCAAGGCUUCCAACUUCUAUAUCGCGUACUUCAUCCUUCAGGGCUUGACUUUCAGCGCUGGUGCUCUACUACAGAUUGCCGGUCUGAUUAUCUCCAAGCUCCUCGGAAUGGUCCUAGACAACACCCCAAGAAAGAUGUUCACCCGUUGGUCCACCCUCUCAGGCAUGGGAUGGGGUACCAUCUUGCCCGUUCUUACUAACCUUUGUGUCAUUGCCAUUACCUAUGGAGCCAUCGCUCCCUUAGUCCUCGGAUUCGGUGCGGUCGGCAUGUACCUGUUCUAUGUCUCCUUCCGCUACAACUUGCUAUAUGUCAACGAUACCGAUAUCGACACCAAGGGUAUGAUCUACCCACGCGCUCUCAAACAGACUCUCGUGGGCUGCUACCUGCUCAUCAUCUGUCUGAUCGGCCUCUUUGCCAUUGGUGCUGCUUCGGACAAAUCUGCCACCGGACCCAUGAUCCUCAUGAUUGUCUUCUUGGUCUUCAUUGUCCUCUACCACGUCUCUCUCCUCUCCGCUGUCAACCCAUUGCUCAAGUACCUCCCCAAGAACCUCGAGGCCGUGGAAGAACAAAACCAGGCCCUCCUCGGCCACGGAAAUGGCCAAAGUGCUGCUGCCGAUACCGAGAAAGCUAAUGGUACCGCUGGCAAGCAACCAAACGCAAUCGCCAAGUUCUUCUCACCAUACAAGCACGAAUCUUACCAGAAGCUACGCGAACUUGUCCCCACCGAUGCCUACGAGAUUGACUAUUCCCCCGAGGUGGAGAGGAACGCUUACUACCAUCCUUCCAUCACCUCUACUGCGCCACUCCUCUGGAUUCCACGUGAUGAGGCUGGCGUCUCUCGCCAGGAAGUCCUGCACACCAGCCGCGUUAUCCCGAUCACUGAUGAUGACGCCAGCAUCACCGACAAGGGCAAGAUCGGAUGGGACGAAGAGAAGGGUCUGCCCCCUAUUCACGAAGAUAAGGUUUACUACUAG